AUGUUGGCAGGAAUUGUAGUAUUGAUGAUUCUGUUUUACUUUUUCUCCGAACAAUGGCGAAAAACCACUCGAUUACCGCCAGGCCCAUAUCCUGUGCUUUUCUUUGGAAAUAUACCACAGCUUGCGCUCUACUCGUGGAAAUAUGGGGGCAUUAUUCCAGCUUUCAAGCAUAUUAAAAAGAAAUAUGGAUCAGUCUUUACGUUAUGGUUCGGACUAAUUCCUACGGUACACAUAGCCGAUUAUACGUUGAGUCAAGAAGCUAUGGUCCGCUGUGGUACAAAUUACCAGAAUCGAUGGAGCCCAGCAAUAAUGUUGGAGGAAAGAGGUGAUUGCGGCAUAAUAGCCUCAAAUGGUCAGGUUUGGCAAGAGCAACGACGAUUUUCACUGCAUGCACUGAGGAAUCUUGGAGUAAGUCGGAAUCUUAUGGAGCAACGAAUCAUGGAGGAAAUAAAUUUAAGGUAA